AGUCUUAAUUGUGUGCUAUACACAACUAGAAAGACUUUCAUAAAACUUUAGAAAAUGACAGGGUUUGGCUCAUCAUGUGGAGCAUGCAAGUUCCUAAGGAGAAAGUGUGCUAGUGAUUGUGUUUUUGCUCCAUACUUCUCCUAUGAACAAGCUUCAAGUCAUUUUUCAGCAGUGCAUAAGGUUUAUGGGGCUAGUAAUGUCUCUAGACUAUUGUCACAUCUUCCUAUUCAAAAUAGAAGUGAUGCUGCCAUCACUAUAUCUUAUGAAGCCUUGGCUCGUAUGCAAGAUCCUAUUUAUGGUUGUGUUGCUCAUAUCUAUGCAUUGCAACAUCAGGUUGCUAGCUUGCAAGAGGAGAUAGAUAUUCUUGGAAGUGUAAUGGCAAAUUCAAGUGUUAGUGUUGUGAAUUGUGGCAAUGUUCAAGCACCAAUGAACUCAAAUAAUGGAACACAAUAUUACCAUAAUCAAAGUUUUGAAUCAUACUUGGAUAUGGAGCUAAUUCCUAAUGCACACGGAUUUCCAGAGCCUUUAUACGGUGAUUCCAACUCAAAUCCAUUAGAGAAGUUCUUAUCAGGAAUUGAUCAAGAGGGUUUCUUGAACCACCCUUGGUUCAAGCAUAAUAAUGGAGACAUAUGAAGACCUUGGAAUAUUAAAUUAAUUAAGUUACUAGACUAUGGUGCUUAAUUAUCCUACUUUUAUAUAAUGUUUAUCCUACUUUGUGGUAAUUGCAUGCAAUUAAACUUUUGUGACGUAUGUUUUACAA